AGCCUGGCUUUCUUGGCCACGGGUAGCGCAUCGGAGGCGACAAGACCUGCAGCGCGCGGAUGCCCUGAACGAGCGCGCGCUCCUCCCGGUGCCCUUGCUAGAUGCCUUGGGGCAGAGAUCUCGGAAAGCGCCGGGGACGCGUCCCGCAGGGCUAGGACUAGCUACGCAGCGGCGCCCACCCGGUCACAGAGGCAACGGCAGCCCCCUCCCUCCGCUUUCCCACCGCCGAGGCGAAGCUGGCGAGAGGCCGAAGAGGCGGUCUUUUCUUCCCGCCCGGGGGGCCGAGGCAGCUGGGAGCCCCCCGCCCCUCCGCAGAGUCUCCGCCCCUCCCCUCCGACGGCCGGCCUCGCUCCCUCCUUCCCGCGCGCAGCUCGGCCGGCGGAGCGGCGCUGAGGAUGGGGCGGCGGGGCGCCUGCGGAGGCAGCAGCCAGGAGCCCCGCGGCAGGACAACGACGCUGCCGCUGCUGCUGAGGAGGCCGCUGCCGCCGCCUGGUGAAGCGGGGCUGAGCUGAGCUGGGCCCGGUGUCGCUAGUCCGCCCGCCCGCCCGCUGCCGCUGAAUCCCCCCAACGCCCACCAUGGAUGGGGCCCGCGGCAGCCGCCGGCCGCAGAAGCAGGUAAGGGGCAGGACGACGACGACAACGACGAAGAGGAGGCCUGCGCGGGGCUCCUUCCGCCGCCUUUGUCUCUCCGGCCCUCUGGGGGAGUGGACCCGGCCCGCAGCGCAGCCCAGUGGAGCGGACCGCCUGCCUGCCUGCCUGCCGCAGCGUCGCGAGGGGCUGCUGAGCUGUGGCAGAGGCCGAGGGAGGGCCCGGUCGGGGGCUGCUACUGCUCCCUUCUCGCUUCUCCUGCUCCGCGAGGCAAAGGGGCGCUCGGUCGCCGCCGCGCCUUCAGGGGCUUUUCCCUCUCGGGAGGGCGCCGCCGCCUUGGGUUCUGCGCGCCCCUCUGCAGCCCAGCGGAGCUCUGCCGCUGCUGCCUGUGAGGGGUCCCAGGUUCCGACCCGUUUUUGCCGGGAGGCCGAGCCAAGCCGGGAUCUCUAUUCUGGCAGGGGGGCCGGGGAUGAUCCUGGGUCCCUCGCCUCUCCAACGCGGAGAGCCGGGUGGCUUGUGCCUCCGGGAUCCCUCCAGCUCCUGGCUUGGAAGAGGGGCUGCCUCCGGCCGGGCCCCUUGCCAGCUGCCCCCUACGAAGUCUUCCUCAGCCCCGAAAUCGGUAAAGUUCGGUCUGUAACCGGCGUGUUACCUUGCCACGGCUGUUCCCUCUGCAAUCGGUUGCUUCUGGGCAUGUGCAGAGUGGACUGCCUGCCGCAGCUGAGAGCAGUUAGAGGCAGCACCUCUCUCGUUGUUUUGCGUUGGUGCCCAAGAGUUUGAAAAGGGGUCGGAUUGCCUCCUGAGGGCACUUCAGUGGCAGAGAGUGCUGGAGCGGAAGACCCCGGGUCCAGCCCUGGAAGAGCUGCUGCCAGUCCGUGUAGGCAGUACAGGACAAGAUGGAUCCAUAGUCUGAAGGCAGCCUUCCCCAACUACCUGCCUUCCAGAGGUUUUGGGCUGCACUUGACCCCAGCAUCCUACAGCUGUGCUGGGUGAGAGGAGUUUUGGUCAGAAACAUCUGGAGGGCACCAGACUGGGAGUCCACCCACCCCACCUCAUUCUCUGUUCCCAGCACUGGUCAGCCAGGAGUCUCAAAGAGAAGCCCCACAAACAGGACAUGAUGGCAACAUUGCAUGCUCUCAGCACCUGCUGUCCAGAUGUAGACUGCCUCUGGAUGUAGAGGUUGCAUUUAACUGUGAUGUUAAACAAACCUAUAGAGGGAAGGCCUAAGUCAGUGGCAUUCACUGCCCCUUGAGGUGAGGGGUUGCCCAUAAGCUGAUGGUUUGUUUUGCGUGACUGAAUGGACUUUUAUCCUUACUUAACAAUCUGUUGUCAGUAAACUUCAUUGCAUGACCCUGAGGCCUAGUUUUUAAAAGAGCUCCGACUUCUUAACUGUGUGACGUCCUAUGUAUCAAAUUUUUGCAUCUUGAUACAGAGCACCACCGAAACCUGUGUUUCAGGUCAGCCUUGUAAAUGAGCCCACAAAAGUCUCUAGUCUGCUUAAGAGACUGCUAACAGCCUGCCCUGGUGGAUUCUCGGCUGUCUAGUAAGCAGACUGGGGGAGGAGGGAGGAAGAGAUCAUUCUGCUGCCCUUGAGCAUUGGGCCAACCCAUUUGCUUUCUGUGCUGGUAGCCACAAGGGAACUGACCUUCCUUCACAGCUCAGCACAGAAAGCAAGUGGGCUUGGAUCUGCUCCUCCGCUAGCCUGUUGUUGUGUUUCUGUUUUGGCUUCCCUCUCCUCUGUGUCUACAACAAAAACCAAGCCAUGCCGUGAUCUCUCUCCCCACCAACCCACGCACUUGCCUGCAUGGAAUUCCUUGUUGCCUAUAGCGACUAGGCUUGCUAUUUAAAGCUGGUUCCGAUGGGUUUCUCUCUCCAGCAUUUUGCACAGUGAAGAUGGAUAGAAAGAGUUGACACAGCUUCUCCCUGCAAUUUCGGCUCUCCAGCAGCCCUUUGCCAUCAUGGCCUUGGCUGGCUUCCAUUUCCUGAGGUAUUUAAAUUGUUUGUCUUUAUGCCUUUAGGAAAUAACACUUCAAAUGUCUUCAUUUGCUGUUUGCAGUAUGCACUUGUCUGCUCAGGGUUUGUGUUCCUUUUUGUUCUCAUUCAGGGGCAAUAUGCUUUGCACUCCCCCCCCCCCCAUUCUUAUGACUUCCAUAACCCCAGGCAGAGUUGCAGUUGACAGUCAGUAGAUGCAGUAGAAUGGCAGCUUGUAUAUUUUUGAAUUUGCACCUUCUUGUAUUUAAACACUAUUGCACAAAUAUUUCCUUUCCCCUCCCAAAAGGCUUUGCAUAAGUUAGUUAAAGACCAGUUAAAAAGUGAGUGAAUGAAGCAUAUCUAGUCCAUGAUAAUAUUAUUAAUGUUCAAUUAAAAGCAACACUGAAUUAUUUGAUGAAGAGGAUCUUAAAUCAAAUGAAUAUAUAGACAAAAUGCUUCAUUAUGCAGUAUGCUGAACUCUUGUUCCUCUGUGAUACAUACUAUCUGAGCCUCUACUAUAAUUGUUUCAAAAGAACCUCCAAGUUUCCUUAAUGGAUUUUAAUUCUUCCAUGUAACAUCUCUUUUACUGAUCCUUCAUUGUUGAGUAAUUUUCUGUCCUGAAAUUAAAUACGACUUGAGUAAGACUUUCUAGACAUGUUGAAUUUGAUCAUGCUGUGCUUGCUACUGCUCCCAGAAAGUUUUUCCUGUGCUGACACUUAACAGUUUCCUGUAGUGCUCCAUGAUUCAGAUUUCCUAAAUGGAUAUUGAGGGAAACCAAGGAAAGGGUUAAUGAAAUUAGGAGGGUCCAGGGGGAGCGGCCUGAUAUUUUCAUAAAACAUGUGGCUGGAGACCUAUAAAUUAAAGCUCAGGUUUUUCCAGGAUGCCAAAUUCUGUGCAAGACAGCAGGUUCUGUGACUGCCCAGGAGCUGCAUCGGAUAGCACCCAAUAAGAUGGUUGGAGUCAAAGCUGUGAGGCAACUGCAUCCUAAUCCCUGAGCAUAGUUUAUGUGAUGCUUCUGUGAUGGAUGUGGGCCCAGAACAGAAGUGCUUAGUGAAGGAAACACUUCUGUGCCCAUCACUGCUUUCAAAACACCACAGUAUAAAAUAUUCUUUUAUUGACAUAUCUGCACUGUUGGCAUAGCCUCCCACUUGUUGUGUUUGUGUGGCAUGGUGUGCUUUGCAAAGAGUUGGGGGUCCAACCUUGUCGAGUUUCUCGGACUGCAGGUUCAAGGAUUGGGCUGGAAGGGUUUUAAUGAAAAAAUAUUAGCACCCAGUUGGCUCCCAUCUUAGACUCAGGAGCCAGUUCAGACUUGCAGUUGAAAAUAAGCAAGUUGAUGAGCACACUUGUUUUAGUUUGUGGGCAAUACAACACACAUCAUGUUACCAAAACCCCUGAAGUCACUGCAUGAUAAAAUCUGCAAGAUCCCAGGCACAAAAGCGUACAUGGCAGAGUAACAAGCCUGGUGGUUUCUUUUAAUUAAAGUCCUGGUUGAAACCUACUGUUACAAGAUGUAAAAGGCAAAGGCAAAGACAUUUUAGAGAGUGUGAGAAAAGUUACUGUGUAACACCAAGCUGGCUGUUGCUCCAUCAAUAUAGACUGGCAGCCGUGGGGUCAUCUGGAGCCUGCUGUGCUCCUGACGAUACCAAGGGCUGCAAACCAAACCUGCACUGAGGGGGCAGCAGCCAGCUUGAGGCUGCUCAGGAAUUUUCUGAAUUGUCUCUGGAUUUUUGUUGUUUCUAGAGCAUCUGUGCACACUGCACCUCCUCUUAGAUGAUGGGGCCUGCCACUUUGACCCAUACUUUUGCAACUGCUGAGCUUGACUGCUUUGGUAUGCUUCAUGUGGGGCUGCCCUUGAUGAUGACAUGGGAGAUGCAAAAUUCUGCAGCCCAUCUGUUAAAUGUCAGAGCGAAGAAGCAAGGAGCAUCUUUUCCUCCUUCAGUUCCAGAGGAGGGGUUGGCACCACAGCUCAUUGGCCCAGUUCAAGGUGCUUGUGCUUAACCUAUAAAGAUUCCCAUAGUCUAGUACGCAGAUGCCUCUGACACAAGUCAUCUCUAUUGCUUUCUUUGUUUACCCAACUAGAUCCUGCUUCAUUAGAGCAUCUGUUGCUAGGACGGCACUCUCUCCCUCUGGAACUGAGGAUUUGUUCUUCUUAUAAUUUGAAAGGACUGUCACAACUUUUACUUGCCUGCUUCUAGCACAGUCUAUCCCAGUCUGGUGCUCUCUGGAUCUUUUGGACUACAACUCACAUCAGUUCUCACCAGCAUAGGUGUAUGAUGCUGGGGCGGAUGGCAGUUGUGGUCUAAGACAUCUGGAGGGCACCAGAUGGGGGAGGGCUGCUCUAGGAUUUCUCCUUGGGAGUUUUUUCUGAAUGGCUGAGAACAUCUUCUAGCUAAGGUUUUUGGUUUUUUUUUAAAUUGUGGUUCAUCAGUUGUUUGCAGUUGCCUUGAACCCAUGUCAGAAAAGCAGCAAAUACAUAUUUUAAAAUAAACAAUUUAAACCAUUCAUGGAUGGCUAAGUUCGUAGAUCCAGCCCCAAGACAGUUUCACAGGCUAGCUGAGGUGCAGUAAAAGUUUGCCUAGGGUUCUUACCUGAGAGGAGAAAAGAAAAGAGUUCAAAGUUUUUCCUCACUUUAAUUGCCUCUUUAUUUUCUAUGUGACAUCUAAAUUGCAAAUCUUACAUCUGCACGGAGUGCAAGGGAGCCAAUAGCAAAAGUGCAAAAUGUACUUCUAGCCUUUGGAGCGUGGCCUGCAAAACCAGAGGUCAGGUUCUCGAGAAGACAGUUGAUGGCCAAAUUCGUAUUUUGUCUUUUCAGUAACUGUGGCAGUUAAGAGGCCUCCUUGCUCUUUGUAUGUGUGUGAGAGACAAUGCUUCUAGGGGUACUGAUGGACAAGUGUGUGAUCUGCAUUGCACUCAGAUCUGUUUAUGUGCAGUGCUUUUGUAGAGAGCUGGAUGGCACAAGAGCCAUCUUAGUUAACUUCAGCACAACACAAAGUCAUCGUUUUUUAGCAGCAGAUUCUUGCGGGGGUCUUUAGGUCUGACUGUAUAGGUGCCUUUCCCCCCUAUCCUUUUCUAGAUCUGUGUGCCAGAGCUCCAGAGGAGGUGACAAUGAAAAUGUUAAAGGCUCACGCUGGACAGCAGCAGCCACACAUUCCACCUGCAUAAAGUACAGUGGUACCUCGGGUUACAUACGCUUCAGGUUACAGACUCCGCUAACCCAGAAAUAGUACCUCUGGUUAAGAACUUGCUUCAGGGUGAGAACAGAAAUCGUGCUCCAGCGGCGCAGCAGCAGCAGCAGCAGGCCCCAUUAGCUAAAGUGGUGCUUCAGGUUAAGAACAGUUUCAGGUUAAGAAUAGACCUCCGGAACGAAUUAAGUACUUAACCCAAGGUACCACUGUACUUUAAACUGUACAAUUGAAUCUCUGUUCUCUGGUGCCCAGUGUGAUAUAGUGGGCAGUUAAUUAUAAUUGUAACAGUUAACCUUGAAGGAUAAUCCAGUUGGACACUUCAACUCACUUAACAACACCAUUAUUAUUAUUAUUAUUAUUAUUAUUAUCAUCAUCAUCAUCAUUAUUAUCAUCAUCAUCAUCAUCUAAAAUGAGCUGGAGAAAUCUAUACUCAGGCAGUGUUACUAUGUAUGGCCCAGAUUUCUGAAACUUCUCAAUAUGUAUGAAAAUCCCCAGGCACUCACUCUCUGUCCAGAUACCUUUUAAAAGGGUUUCAUUAUUGGUUUCAUUGGCCCACACAGACUUAAGAGGAAGAGGAGCCCUUUCAAGAGCACAGAGAACUGAGGAAUGAGGGGGGCACAUGGGAAAGGUUCCUGCCCAUUUAGCAGCCACUUUCCUUCAGGUACUGUGAGGUUUGCGGUUUUGCUAUUCAUGCAGCCUCUCUUCGGUCUCCUGAUUUUCCUGUGGAUAGAGAGUAGGCUCUUGGCUCUGUUUGGCUACCACCGCCACUGCCUCCUGCUCCUGUGAGCAGCCAAGCCUUGUUCAUCUACACAGGAGGAUGUGGAGUAAGCCUGAAUCAUGUGGCAAAGUGACUUAAUUGGAAAGUUUAAAUACCAGCGGUUACUUCAAACCCCUUACUUGCACUGUAACUUCUGCCCCCAAUCAGAGAGUGUUUUAAGUAAAGAGGGAGCUGAAAACAUUACCAGAGUGUGAUCUUCUCUUAGAAUGACUCUGUUCCAAUUCUAAAGCGACUUGGUGUGUGAAGUUCCUUCUGGCCAGCACCACAUCUCAAUCUGUUUGCCGGUCCCCACUCAGUGUAGGAACUCCAUGCAAAUGAAAUGUCGGGGUUUGUUUCAGCAUAACCUUUAUUUAACUUGUAAACCACCCUGUGAUCUACAGAUGAAGGGCAGUAUAAAAAAAUUAAUUACUCAUAAUCCUAAUGAUACAUUUUAUUCUAUAGCUCACCCUUUCUCUAAGAAGGUAAAGAACUUGCUUCCCUCCAUCUCUUCCAUUUUAUCGUUGUGCCAAUCUGCAUAUUGUAUCACAUCCUAUAAGAAGAGCCCUGCAGCUGGAUUUGACCAGAGGUCCUUCUAGGUCAGCCUCCCAUCCCUCUUGGUAGACACUCUUUCUGACUGCCCCCCCCCACCUUGCCCUCUCUCUCUCCCUGGGCCAAGGCCUUGCCAAGCUGCCUCGGAUUUAUCUGUGGUUGGCUCAAAUUCCCCCUCAAUUGGCAGUUUCCUUUCCACCUGGUGGAGUCCGCAGGCUGAUAUCCAGCCAAUGGAAGGGUUUCAACGGCUCCAGCAGAGCUGCUUCUUGCUGCAGUGCAGCACCAUGAAAAGGAGGUGGGGUUCCUCCUCCUCCCAGAAAGUGUGCCAGAUGCACACUCAAGUCUAGUUUUGCUUUUCUGCAGCAACUAUUAUGAGAAAAAGGAGGAACAUCCUCUUAGUUGAUGGCACAAUGGAUUCAAUAUGCAGCAUGGGCCCUCUGGAGAAGGUGACUAUUUCUGCAGAAACUGUUAUAGGCUGCCGACCCUCCGUUCUUCCACCACCCCUUCCCUACCAGAUGCCCAAGCUCAGUGCUUAUAUUGGGGAAACACAUGUUUUCCAAAUGAAAAUUGAAGAAGGGCUUCCCUUUUGGCACCCAGCAAAAUUAUUUGGCCCCAAAGGAGCCAUCCCCUCUGUUCUGAUUGGGCAGAAGAAGGAAGUCCAGGGCAGCGAGGCCAGAUCAUCCAGUCUGCAUGAGGUGACAGUUCAUUUGCACCUAGUGUCCAGCAUAUGGAAUGACAGGCAGGGCAAAUUGAUGAAGCAGCAGGCCCAGAAUGCAUCAGAUUGCAUUAAGAGCAAGUUUUAGCUCCCAGGAUUCUUCAUGAAAGUGAUGGAGAAGAGCAGAAAAGUUGCAAUCACCAUAAGCUUGUUCCAUGCUGGAGGCUGGAUUGAGCCUUCAGGAAGCAAAAGAACUGAGAGUACCCAGUGCAGCUGACUCUGGUCAUCAGCCGUCAACAGGACCCCUGCAUUCCAGGGCAGGAAAUGCCUGUAGUUGGUCUGAUAAGGUGGCUGUUUAGAAGGCAGUAAGACCAGGCCCAAUUUUUCCUUUUCCUUUUUUGAAGGCCACUUCCUUUCUUAACCUCUUUUCUUUUGCUGCAGCUCUCAUUUGAAUGGAGGGCGACCAAGAGUGCAUCUCUCUUGACAACAGGCUCAGACUCUGGCCUCAUCUACACCUCCGUUUGCCCCACUGCUUUCCCCUAGGAAAACACAUUGUUUAGUGCUGAAUCGGAACAACGGGUGCAUUCUUCUUGAAGCUGUCAAGCUGUGAAAAUCAUGUCCACCUGUCCCCCUAGAAGGUCAAAAACUCAUUUUGGGAUUCAGGAAGGGUAGCUUUGGAUAUUGUUAGGAGAUGGUUUGCUAAGAUCCUUGCAAGAAUUUUGCUAGCUGCAGCUAAUAAAAAGACGCCUCGAUAGUUUCCGCAAUCCAUUCUAUCACCUUUUUUUUAAAAAAAGAGAUUGAUAAUUUUGGUAUGCCUAAAGUCUGCUGGGAUCUCCUCUUUCUCCCAGAUUUUUCUGAUGAGCUUGCGAAGUUGUUGUGUAAGCACAAUUCUGUCCACUUUGAAGACUAUGGCAGGUAUCCCAUCAGGUCCGCUGGCUUUGUUGUUUUUCAUUUGGUUAAUGGUUUUGGAGAUACCGCAAGCUCAUCUCUAAUUUGUUUUUGAGAAUUUGUGAGAGGACCUCAGCAGCUACAGGGGAGUUGCAGCUAAGGAGAUGCUGACAAUGUUCUUUACAGUGCAGUGCAAUAGCUUCUUUUCUUUUAGAAGUGUGGUACUGUCUGUUGAGCGUAGGGGGCAUAUGCCAUGAUUUAUUGGCCCAUAGAAGGUCUUUGUGGCCUUAAAGAAACUCUGUGCAUCAUGAGUGUCAGCUAAGUGCCGGAUUUCUUGAACUUUUUUUUUAAAUCGACUUCGUGUUCUUUAGUUCUCUGGUUCUUCUUUGAACCUCAGCAUUAGUGUUGUCAUAGGGUUUUUUUCUUAGUGGCACAGUUUCUAUAUCUUUGCCAGAUUUGAAAGGCCUUCCUUUUCUUGUCAAUCUCUUACUGUCAUUCUCAUCAAACCAGUUUCUUGGUUUGGUAUCCAAUAGUUUGUUCACAGGCUGCAAUAAUGGAUUUUUUAGCUUGGUCCAGUGUUCCUCGAUGUUAUCGGGGAUCUUCCUCAAUAUCAAAGUAGCUUCCUGGAUCUUCCUCUGUUCUCCGCCUGCUCCACUGAAAAUAAGUAUUUGUAAACAAACACAACACCUGUACAAAACAUGCAAAAGGGAUUCAGCUAAUCUUAGAAUGUCGUUUAACAUGCUCUGUAGAAUCAGGAGUUACUUUUGGAAGUGUCAAAAGAAAUGUGGUUAUCCUAUGUGCUAUGUAAGGAGUUUCCCGAAAGACAGAUUGCUGAUGGGGGGAAAGAGGUUCUGCAUCCAGCUAUUUAUGCAUGAGACGGAUUGGAACCAUUAUUAUUUUUUAAUUGUCUUGCUUGUGGAAACAUCAUGUUAAUUUGGUUUUUCAGCUGACACACCCUGCCAAAGUUGCAAGAUCCAGCUUUGCAUUGCGUAGCCCAAGGCACUUUUCCAGUACUUAGGCAUCUCCACUUUCGCUGCUGUUAGCACCAAGUCUUUUGUAAAUAGAGAAUGUUGUUCAUAGCAGAUUGGGGUAAUAAAAUAAGAGUUGGAAUCGGCCUUGGAGGUUCUCUGGCCCUACCCCAUGCUGUUUGCCAGAUCUGCAAUGCAGGAUCCAAGUGAAGACUCCCUGGCAGGUGGCCCAGCCAGCCACAGACAGCCUGUUCCCCUAUUGAAAAAUAGCUUUUCCCAUUAGCAUAGCUGAAACCUGCUUCCAUGCAAUAUCUGCCACUUGGUUCUAGGCAGCUCUCAUGGGAUCUCCAGCCCCCUCGGAAACCCCUCUUUGCUAGGCUAACCAUAGCCCAACUCUUUCCACUGUUCCUCAGAGGGGUCCCUGACCACCAUCCUGGUCUUCCUCUUCUGGGCUCACUCUAUUUGGCCAACGCCCUCUUUUUAAAAAUUCAUUUCAAGUUUUUCUUUUUGAUGUUUUAUACAGGUAACCCUUUGGGUGCUGGGGGGGACAGAUUAAAAAAAAUGUUGAGGAGGGUGUGCACAGUCACUUGACAUGACUUCCAGAAUGUCCUUCAUACAGCCUUAAGGAAACAUGUCCAUAUAUGAGAUUGAUACACCUGAGACCUUUCCAUCUUGUCUUAAUUUUUGGAAAGCUGCUUCCUCAUAUGCAGCACAGUCAAGUCACAUCCUCCAGCCAUUGCACUAUUGAACAGGGCAGAGGGUGGCUGUUCUUUCCAGUCCUGGAAUAAGAGCUGGUUAGCCACCAUGACUGUACGUAGGAGCCAGUCACAUUCUCUAUCAGUCAUUGCUAUCUUCUUUUUAAAAGAACCCCAAGAUAUGAAUCAGGCUUCAGACUGUUGCAAAAGAAAUAGCAUUAAAGAAUUCUGAGCCCAAGAUUUUCUCCUGAGUACUAAAACUGGAUGGACUGCACAGUCCUUCCAUGUAAAAAUCCAUUGUGGUGAUCACAAGUGUUCUCCAUUACUGCAAUAUACUUUGUGGGAGUGGGAUGGCUAAUAUUGUUAAACAUAUGGGAGUAAAAAAGCAUUGCCUAGAUCCUUCUGCCCACCUUCAAUCUAGAUCUAGAGGACUUGAUGCCGCCUUAACAAACUCCCACCACAGAGAAAGCUGGCAUGUUGAGGCAUGCCCUGCCAUGCUAGCUUUUGUAUAUGCAUGGUGGCUGUGUUGUGGUUUUGGUCUCUUUGCCAGUACUGCAGAACCAACUUCAAGAAGGUGCUGCCUAUCUGAGCUAUUUAAAUAUUCAUAAUCCAUAGCCAGAUGCGGUUGGUGGUGGCGGCAUACAUAGCUUUUGAGGUGCAGAGAGUGGGUGGGGAGAGAUGCUUCAAGUGAGCUUUCUUGCCCCAAGUCCCCCUUUUGUAAGCCACUCUGGGGAUUUUGCUGAGGGGUGGGAAGUGCAAAUCCCUAACUGCUUCCAGCUGUGCCAGAGCUGCUUUUGCAGCAAAUCUCUCUCCCAUUGCAGGGAUUACCCUGGAUUCCUCCAGCUGCUGUUUUAAGAAAGAGCCCAUAGAGAGAAGAGCUUGCUUUGCCUCUUGGCAGAUAAUGUAAGGGGAGGGGCUAAAUCCAGGCAGGGGGAGGGAGAGGGUGUCAUCGAUACAAGCUGAAGCAAUUGAUGGCUGUUGGGUGAGCAUCAGAGUGACCUGCUGGAGGAAGAGGAGGAGGAGGAAGGAGGACAGGAGGACAUGAGAUGCUGAGAAGAGGAGACUGAGAGUUGUCCUCUUCAGCCUUGAAAUACAAAAUGUGCUGGUGAAGGGGAGCCCUUGAAGGGUCAUCACAGGUCAGUGGGAAACAGCAAAAGCCUAACACCCCUGAGCCAGGAGAGGAGAGCAUUUUCAUGUUAAGGACUGCAUUUCUUUGGGUGGCACAUGUAAACUAUUAUGGGCCAGAUCCUGGACCAUACUUUCUCUUGCUCUUUUUCUGCAUACAUUCCAAUUAUUUCCUGUUGUGGAGCUAAAUCAUUGAGCUUAUUUUUGCCUUUUGGCCAUGCCUUGUUAAGCUAUUCAGUUAGUGAGUUGCUUGACCAGCUUGACAUCCUUUAGGAUUCAGAUCACUUUCCAGGCGCUGCAGCAUUUAAAUCUCUGGGUGGGGGAGGGGAUCCAUUUUGCCUAUUGCACGUGUAGGUAAAUGUGUGCUGGCUCCACACGGAAACUCCACCGGAGGUGCUUUUUGUCAGUUCUUUUGCUGAAUUGGUUGAUAAACCUCCUGAUUCUAGGGCAUAGCGGUUGACUCGCAUGUCCUUAAGAAGAAAAACAAUCUUGCAUUUAAAUACAUUACAGGCAGGGUUGUGUUGGAAUAAAUAAAGGGAGCAUACGGCUUUGUGGGGCAGGGCAGCUUCCCCCAGCCUGAUGCCCUCUUGAUAUUUUGGACUGCAACUCAGAAGAAGGGAUUGUGAGGAGCUCCAGAUGGAGAAUGAGCAGCAAAAUGGCAAGUGCAGUUCGGUGUAACAACUGUGAAGUGAUGCACGUUGGGGCAAAAAGAUAUUGAUUUCACAGCUACGCUCCCAGGGUGGUGACUGACCAGGAAUGAAACCUUGGGGUCACAGUACAUAACUCAAUGAAGAUGUCAUCCCAGUGUACAACAUUUGUGGAAAAGGCAUAUUCUAUGCUAGGGAUCAUUAAAUUAAACUGCCAAUAUCAUCAUGCCACUGCAGUAUACAAAUCUAUGGUGUGAUCACAUUUGGAAUGCUAUGUACGGUUCUGGUUGUCUCACCUCAAAAAGGAUAUUGUAGGGUUGGGAAAAGGUUCAGCAAAGGGAAACCAAAAUGAUCAAGAGGAUGGGCGUGACUCCCCUAUGAAGAAAUGUUUUGGCAUUUGAGUCUUUUUAGUUUUAGGGAAAAGGUGAGUAAGAGGCAACAUGAUGAAAGUUCAUAAAAUUAUUCAUGGCUUGGAGAAAGCGGAUAGAGCUAAGUUUUUCUCCCUCUUUCAUAACACUAGGACUAGGUUGGAAGUCGACCAGGUUACUCAUAAUGGUUUUAUUGUACCUAGAAUAUUUUUGUAUAUUUUAAUUGAUAUGUAUUAAUUAUUGUAAGCAGCCUUGGAAAUUUUAUUGACAGGUGAGGUAUAAAUUCCUAUAAAAAGAAAUAAAUAAUUGUGGUUUUUUCCUACUAUUAUGAGGCAUGCAAUGGUAUUUUGGUAGCCAAUAUUUCUAGCCAAACUAAAAUAUAUUGAUUUCAUUGACUAUUUCAGAUAACAAGGUAAUUCUAGGAUCCGUUCCUAUUAGGUAUCAAAGUAUCUUAGCAGAAUUUACAAAACAUAUUGCUGUCACUUCCAUAUUUAGACACCUCCCCCAUCCCACCCCACCCCAGGUGUGUAUGAAGCUAUUUAGCAAAUUUGUGUGUUUGGGCUUUCUUAAGAGUGAAGACAUAACUUACCUUUGUUCAUUGAACCUGAGUGCCCAAGUCAUUCUUGUUGCUAAAGAACUUUAGGAGUGCCCUGCUGAAUCAGGCCAAAGUGCUGGGUUCUUAGCAUGAAUCCCAGGAAACGGCAAGUUCCAAGCAGUCCUGACCAAUCAGUUGUUUUCCAUGAAAUACCUCAGUUUCUCAGCUAGUAAUUUUAUCACCUGUAGCCAGGACUCUCCUUCACUGGAGGCUUUUAAGUGGAGGUUGUAUGACCAUCUAUAAUGGGUGCUUUAGUUGAGAUUCCUGCAUUGUAGGGGGUUGUACUAGAUGACUCUCAGAGGUCCCUCCAAACUCUACAGUUCUAUGAAUUGUGUCUCAGUCUUAAAGCUAACUUUAAGAUCUACCAGCACCUAGCAUUCUGUAAAUGUAUGAUAACCUUUGUAGUUAUGAGCCCUGUUUACUGUAGGAACUGUUGUCUUCGACAGGCACGCUGUGGUUGCACGCUGUGGUUAAUGUUAGCUUAUUGUUUGAAACAACCAAAACUGCACAGCCAGAGGAGGAAUCAGGAGGGGUGAGAGGCUGCAGGGCUCAAGCAAGAUAAAAACAAGGCAAAACACAUAAACAACCCUUGCAACACUUCCAACAAAUCACAAAGGGCACACAUUUUGUAUAAAGGUCAUUUGUUAAUCUGAGGAAGGCAGACAAGGUGAAGAAUUUUUAAUAUCGGAGGUCGCAGGAAUGUCUGGGAAGCAAGGCAGCUGGUCUGCAGUUGAAGUCCAGAGUGAACAAUAGGAGACCUUUGGUUCUCCUCUCGGAAUCUUUUGACUUUGAGACCUGAGUGCAUCCUGAAGCUGUCACUUUUAUGCCACUGAAUAUCAUUCAACCAAUUUAUUGUACUAUAAAAUAAUUCGCAUAUACAGUGGUACCUCAGUUUAAGAACAGUCCGGUUUAAGAACGAUGUGGUUUACAAACUCCACAAAACCAGAAAUAGUGUCUUGGUUUGAGCACUUUACCUCAGUCUAAGAACAGAAUCCGAACGGUGGAAGGGCACUAGCGGCGGUAGGCCUCACUAGGGAAAGCUUGCCUUGGUUUAAGAAUGGUUUUGGUUUAAGAAUGGACUUCCAGAACAGAUUAAGUUUGUAAACCAAGGUACCUCUGUGUAUGUGUCUGUGUGUGUUUGUGUGCACGUGUGUGUUUUAUACAGAAACAAUUGACACAGACUUUCAUAAAGAGCACACUAGCAGUAGCUCAGUUUUGAAAGUGUGGAAGCUUACAGGCCAAACUUGCCAGUUCUAAAAGCAGAGGCAGAAAUGCAAAGCCAGACCUAGAUGGGGUAAAAUUGGGCAAGUUGGAGAAAGAAACUUGAAGCAAGGAGGAGUAACAGGUGAGGUGAGGAGAUGAAAUGGAUGGUGACUGGGGCUGUUUGCUGCCAGAAGAGAAACAGAAGUUUCCAGAGGAGGAAGAAGGCUUUUGGGUAUUGACUUUGUGAGGCAUAGGCAUUAGGUAAGGUUCGGGCAAGAAUGGAAAGAAAGCUGUGGGAGACUUGGGGGGCAUGGCUGGCGAAUGGGCAAGUUAUAUACCAGCAAAAAAGCAGAAGUGCAGAUGAGGAAGGAGAAAAGGGCAAAGCAAAGAGCAGAUCUCCGAAAGCAAGAUUGGGGAAAGGGGGGCUGAGAGUGAGCGAAAGCUGGUAGUCCUGUAGGGGAGAGAUUGGAGGCAAGAGGGAAAAUAUAGAAUUUGGCCAGCUAAUGGUCCAUGCACUCUGGCAUUCAUCACAGUGUCCCAUUGCGCCAGAAGCGGUUUAGUCAUGCUGGCCACAUGACCUGGAAAGCUGUCUGUGGACAAAUGGGAGAUGAGCACCACUCCCCAUAGUUGCCUUGCACUGGGCUUAACCAUCCAGGGGUCCUUUACCUUAUCUUUUGCCUUACUUCUGCAAAGAUGAAGACUUGGUGGUGGGGCUGAGAAGAGACAAGAAAGGGUUUCCACAUAGAAUGUUGUUGUUUGUGAAAUGAGUGAGGUUUCUUUUCCAAAGGUUCCCAGCUGCUGAGGCAAAAAGCAGUUGUUUUUAUGCCCAAGAUAAGGGCUUCGUGAUGUAAAUAGAAGCAAAGACUUGCAAUCCAUUUUUUCCUGUCUACUCAAACUCCCUGGAUUCAGAGAUUGUUGUUUCCUUGGUUAAAGGCCUUGGUCCAACAAAAGAAAGGGUAAAAUCAACCUGAGUUGCAACCAUCCUUUUCUGUUGCUUCUAAGUGGGGGACUUGGUUUUUCAAUUUAACAAGCAAUUCAAAAGGAGCCACAGGUGUGGGGGCUGAGACAGUGUUGUAGAUGCUUCUCCACCAGGCUUAUGGUUAUGACUCAAGCUGCUCAAAUCUCUUUGUAUGCCUAGAAUUUCAGCUGCCAUAAUUUGAAUCAAGUUGGUCUCAUAACAGUGACUAUAUUAAAAAUAAUGCACCAGGAGCACUCACGGACUUAAGUAAGGGGCAGCUUCAUCAGGGAUUGAAUCUUGUGAAAAGCAACAUGCUUGCUGCAGAAUGAAUAGACCAUUGGUCAGAAUAAUGGACAUACUGUGUGUUUGCAUGUAAGUGGGGCGGACAAUGCAAUGCAGAGGCUCUUGUCCUUCUAUUGACAAAGUCGGCCUUGAAGUCUUGCCAGUGAAUCCUCUCUGUGAGUUUUCUGUUUUAGCCAGAGGAAGACUUCCUUUGUUUUAGGGAAGAAAAGAAUCUGUGUCUUUUCCUAUUGCAGUAAAUUAAACAGAUUCUUAUUAGGAGUCCUCCCCUCCUCCCCUAACAGAGUUGUGGGGCCUCUCAGCCUCAUAUAUAACAGCCUGAUGAUUUGACCCUCUCACUGGUACUUUUGUAACAUAAAUUGGCACCUCAUUGGAGGGUGAUUUUAGGAGUUAGCAUCCUCUUGGGACCUGGAGCUUAAGGACUACUUUGUAAUUCUAAUUUAUGUUUGCUCAAAUGAAUUGUUCUCAGGUCCCCCCCCCUCUCAAAUUUAAGGUGCUAACUGUGUUCUGGAGACUGUUGUGCAAUUGGUGAUCAGCUGAGUAUGUAGUGCUCAUCCCAGUAUGGAAAUGUCAUUGCGUCUUAACUUCUGGGUUUUUCCACAUCUGCCUGGAGAGGUUCUCCCUAGCUAUUCUAGGCUGCAUCAACAGAAGCAUUGUGUCCACAUCAAGGGAAGGAAUAAAAGGUAAAGGUACCCCUGACUUGACCGUUAGCUCCAGUCACGGAAGACUUUGGGGUUGUGCAUUCAUCUCGCUCUGUAUGCUGAGGGAGCUGGCGUUUGUCCACAGACAGCUUCCGGGUCAUGUGGCCAGCAUGACUUAGGCGCUCCUGGCGAACCAGAGCAGCGCACGGAAACAGCAUUUACCUUCCCGCCAGAGCAGUACCUAUGCAUCUACUUGCAUUUUGACAUGCUUUCGAACUGCUAGGUUGGCAGGAGCUGCGACCGAACAAUGGGAGCUCAUCCCGUCGCAGGGAUUCGAAUUGCCAACCUUCUGGUCAGCAAGUCCUAGGCUCUGUGGUUUAGACCACAGCACCACCCACGUCCCUAAGGAAUAGUACUGCUCUAUUCUGUCUUGGUCAGAUCCCACCUGUUGUACUGUGUCCAGUUCUGGGCACCACAAUUUAAAAAGGAUAUGGACAAGCUGGGACAUGUGUGAGGGAGGGUGACUAAGCUGGUAAAAGGUCUGGAAGCCAAGCUUUGUGAGGAAAUGUUGAAGCAGAUGGGCAUGUUUAGCCUGGAAAAGAGGAGACUUAAGAAGAAAUAUGAUAGGCAUCUUCAAAUAUCUCAAGGGCUGUCACAUGGAAGAUGGAGCAAGCUUGUUUACUCCUGCUCUGGAAGGUAGGACCCAAACCAAAGGAUUCAAAUUACAAGAAAGGAGAUUCUGACUAAACAUCAUGAAGAACUUUCUGAUGGUAAGAGCUGUUUGACAGUGAAAUGGACUCCCUUGGAAAGGGUGGAUGCAGUGGCGUAGCAUGGGUUGUUAGCACCCGGGGCAAGGCAAGUAAUUGCGCCCCCUAACCCAUGGAUUUGCGCCCCCUAACCUGUGGAUUUGCGCCCCCUAACCCUAACCCCCAGAUGUUGCGCCCGGUGCGGCCGGCCCCCCCUGCACCCCCCACGCCACGCCACUGGGUGGAUGUCUGCCAUGGAUGCUUUAGUUGAGAUUCCUGCAUUGCAGGGAUUUGGACUAGAUUCUAGGAUUCUGUGAUUCUUUGGAGAAGUGUUUCAGGGAGGUGGGCUUGGAAUACGGCUGUGGGUCAUAUUGUUUUGGAUGCCAUUGGGCAGUUUGAGGUUACCAGUCACUGCUUCCUUCCUGCCUCCUUGUAAAAGGGAUGUUUAUGAAUCUGAGGCUUUGACUACAAAGAUUUAUAGUGGAUUUCUGUUCAUGGCACAACUGAUACAAAGGGAGAGAAGAAGCCCGUGGAAAGCAGUCUGCUCUUUUUCUUAUUGUGAUACCCUGGGGUACGACUGGCUUGAGCCAUGCGUAGCGACCCUUCAUUGUCUAUCCUGCAGGAGAGGACUAUUUCACACAAGUUCCCUGUUUCUUACAGGAGGGAAAGGGGAUUUGCAUUGAUCAGAUGUUGCAACCAAGAAUUUGCCUUCUCUGAGGGCUGUUGGAGCAUAUUGGGGGGCAGGGGGGGUCCCUUCCACCAGGCACCCUUGACCUGAGGCUUCCUCCCUCUUGCUGACCUUUGACAAUUCUUCUUUUACAUAUGUAUCAUUUUAAAAUCCUCCUCUUUCUCUCCAGUUUCAGGGCUUCAUUGCAGCAGAACCUUUUCUGGGCCAGCAAGUGGAGAGGGAAAGAUUGCCAAGGGAUUAUUUAAAAGCCUAAGCAGCUGAGGAGGAGGAGGAGGAGGAGGAGGAUGAGCCACGGGGACACUGCACUUCCACGUCUGCCAGAUGCCAAAUUGGAGAGGAAGUUGCAGGGCUGAGCGGGAGCUGCGUCUGCAGACUGAGCGUGUGUGGCGGCAGCGGAGGGCGGAGAGAGCGCCUGGGCCACCCAAGUGGUGUCUGUCCCCGGGCAGCGCUGAUCCAGAUGUGCAGCUGCCAGCUCAGAGGCGAGGUCCUGGGAUGGGAACUGGCAGGAGCUUCCCGUCUGCUGGAGUGGUGGUGCUGAGGGAACGUGGCUCAUUAACCCCGAGGAUGGAGCUGCUCUGAUACUCGGCAAACAGCUGCUUUCUCUUUCUCCGGCUGGGAUGCAAAGCCUUGAAAUGUGUGUCCAGGAGCAGACGGGACCAUGGCGUUCUCCUUUGUAUUAGGACAGGCUCUCCCCCUCCUAUCAGGAAGGAAAAGUACUCGGGCAGAGUUGGGGACCUAGUUUGCUGGGAUAACCUGUGGAAACGGCUCUCUCUUGAGUCAAGCAGUGGACGAGGGCACAGGUUGCUCUUAUUUUGCUCUUCUGUGGCCCAAAUUCUGUAUGCAAAAGGCUUGGGCGGUGCCAUAGAGGUUGUGACUGAUGUAAGAAGAACCCAAAGAGAGGCUACCUGGGAUGGUCUGUUCCAAACACCUGCCUGCGUUUUCAUGACUAAGUUGGUCUCUGCAGCACCUGGAGAACUGUGAGGGUUCCCAGAGGAAGCUUUUGAGAAGCCAAACACUUUCUCUGCCAGCUUUUCCCCCUGCCUUUUUUUCUGUUGCAAGAGAGACACAGGCCAAGUGACCCUUCCUGGCCUUCCCUCCCCUCCCAUGCCCACCAUGAAGUUUUCGCUGCGCUUCUGGUUCCUCUCCACGGCUUUCCUGCUCGUCUUCAUCAUGUCCCUCCUUUUCACCUACUCCCACCACAGCAUCGCCUACCUAGACCCCAAUGGGCUGAAUGGCAUCCACCGGGUGAAGCUUGUUCCAGGCUAUGCUGGUAUGCAGCGCCUCAGCAAGGAGGGGCUCUUUGUGCGAAGCUGCACCUGUCACAGGUGCAUGGUGGACGUGAGUGACUCAGAGUGGUUCGACACCCGCUAUGACAGUAACAUCUCCCCAGUGUGGACCAAAGAGAACAUGGACUUGCCGCUGGAUGUCCAGAGGUGGUGGAUGGUGAGUUUUUUUGGGACCAGGGACCGAGGGGUGGGGUUUGACAUUCCCACUCGUAUUACAACCACUUAGGGCAGCAAGACCAGGGCAGCCUGCUAAGUCUAAGCACCGUACAACAAAACUCCCAGCCUCCAAGCUGCUUAGUCUAUAUCCUGGCAAGGGAAAUUAGGCUGGGAGAUACUGUCUUAACUAGAUGCGGCACAGUUCCUUAUUUUGCACAAUGAUUCUUAAGCAUUUUUGGACGAAUUUGGCAGCUCUUGGUGUGCAUUCUUCAAAAUCUGUCUUUACUUACUGGUAUAUUAUGAAUGUAGAUCUGAACACAUGUUUAUAUCUUUGAGUCAUAAGCUGACUUUCAUAAUCUUGAAACAAAGCUGCAGAUUUGAAAAUAAACUUUAAAAGUUUACACUAAUGUAUGAAUAAUGACCAGCUGCUCAUAAAACUAUUCUGUUUUUUCCUGUUUUCCUUAACCCUUAACAUAACAAGCCAGUUGGAUGGCUGGAGCAAACCCCCACAUAUUUUUCAUCUGUUCUUUUAAAGUAGGCACCGCUAAGGUUUUCAGUCCUUGCCAUAUAGGAUCCUUGUAGCUGUCAUCCUAUAGCUUGCCAAGGCAAUGUGGUUUUCUUUUCUUUAAUAAAUUUUAUUUUUGCAUUUUCUGUUUUACAUAAAUGAAUGAAUGUAUUAAAUAAACGUAUAAUCCCUUUUGACUCCCCCCCCCCCGCAAUUGUGGAUCUUAAUGUAAUGAUUUCCCCCUUCGCAUCUCUUUCAUAACUCUAUUUUUAUAAAUCCUUUGUCAACCCAUAGUUCACAUUUUUACUACAAGUCUUCUCUUACUUUGAGGUUUCCAUCACUACUGCACCACCUUACCAUUGUUUUGAAACUGAUUUCAAAAUUCUCUUAUGCACAAGAGAAGGUCAUCCCCUGUUCACCAUAAAUACUCCCAGACCUGCAUUUGAAUCUUAUUGCUGAGGCCUGGAGCCCAGUUGUGCUUUCAACUCUUUAACCUGCUUGUUUUGCAUUCAUACUGUGACAAUAUCUUUUCUAUAUUAAAAAGCAGGUGCUUAUUGUUUUCCUCAGUCUUUUCAAAAUCUGUUCUUUCUCCUUAUCUCCCUGUGGUUUGUUCAAUAUCAAAUGUUAAGGAGGGGCCAUAGCUCAGUGGGAAAGCAUCUGCUUUGCAUGCAGAAAGUCCUAGGUUCAAUCCCCACCACCUCCAGGUGUGUCUGGGAGAGAUCCCUGCCCUGAAACCCUGGAAAGCUACCAUUGCCAGUCAGUGGAUGCAAUAUAGUGGGCUGAACAAACCAAGGCUCUGACUUUAUGUUCUGUGAGUACAGGACAAGUUCAGCAUAAAAUUAAGUGCAUCUGAAUCUCUAUUUGCUUCAAUGGUGUAGAUCUAUCUACAACUGAGUUCCAUCGCUUCCCAACAAGUCACAGUUUAUGUGUGUGUAUUCUGUUUCAUUUCCAAAAUCCAAAUUGCCCAAAAUCAGAAUUAUGUCAAAAUUAAAUAUCCUUGGAAUGGUUAUAACCCUUUGCUGUUCAAAUAUUAUCAAAUUGUAUCCUUGAUGUUUGUUUGAGAACCAUAGUGGAGAUGAGUUGUUGUUCUUGUUCUUGUUCUUGUUGUUCUUGUUGUUACUAUUAAACUUUUCUUUGCCACCCUUCACCUGUAAUAACAAGCCAAAACAAUACCCCUCCACUCCAAAUUCAGUUUGGAGUUUUUUUAAAAAAGAUUAUAAUGCAGUUCAAAAAAUUAACAAGUUGCUUAGUGGUUCCCAUCAAGCUCUCUGGUACUACUACUGGUAUAAUUUACAGUGCUGUGAUUAACCCAGGUGAAGUGCCUAGAUAUGAUCACUGUAUAGCAGGGCUUCUCUCCCCAAAGGCCAGAUGGAAUGCAGUUCCUGGGUUGUCUUAGUGAAGGGAUGACUAAAAGUCACAUUAAAGCCUCUCCCUAGAUCUCUGAAGUUUUAAGAGUGAUUUACCUCCCGGCACCCCUCCACCACCCCAAAAAUAAAAAAUCCUGGGAUUUUUUGUUGAUUCUUCCUUUUAAGCACCUCUAAUGCACCAUCAAAUUCUGUCCAUUCCACAUUUUCCAUGUCAUGACAUCAUCCAAAAGCCCUUCUUCUGGUACCAGGGCCAUUGUGUGGCUAGCAGUUGGCUGCCUUCGGCUCCUUUGGGUGGAAAGGUGGGCUAAAAAUGGAAUAAUCAAACUAAUAGUGUGUGCUCAAGUAGCAGCUGACCAAGAGCGCUUUUUGUCAGUUGUACAUGGUAAUAGGGCUUCCUAGACGUGUGGGUUGUUAUCUUGCCUGCAAAUCUUAAAUAUCUAUUCUUCAGCAUCUGCAGACAAUGCCUUGCAAUACAGUGGAUUCAUAAAAGAAAAUCACAGAAGCAUAUUUCAUAUCAGGGACACAGUGAUAACAGCACUGAAUACCAGGCCAAACUAUCAAUCACCUCUGCCUAAUCCACUGCAAUACAGGGUCAAGUGACAAAGAUGGUACAGGCACCAUUUCAUUGAAAGCUGCUUUGGUUUGCUUUUCUCCUCUGCAGGAGUUUUCCCUUUAGUGCAAGGGGAGGAGAAGCAGAAACCUGCAGUCUAAACAGAGCCAUGACUCAUGCAUGUGUAGGUUGCUUGGCUUUUGCUUCCCUCUGCCGUUUGGGCAGAACCAAGGUUUGUGCCUCUCCGGAUGUGUUCUUAGUUUGGGUGUUGGGAAGCAGCAACCAGCUCCAGCCUCUGCCUGGGAUAGCCUGCUUCUUCCUCUCCUCUCCUCUCCUUUUGCCCAUCCAGCAGCACCAUCUGUUUGAUGAAAGCUGCAGAGAUUUUUGCUGAGUGACUGAGGCUGGAUUUGCUGCAGGGGCUGAACUUCUCACCUUCCUUAAAAGGCCCAGAUUGGUGCUCUCUUUGUGUAACUGCGAAGAAGAAUAAGGAAGCAGCAGGCCAGCUGUUCCUUGCCUCUUGCCUUGCCAUCUAUCUCUUCCAGGAAUGUUUCCUUCACCCUUCCCCAGCCUAGUGUCAUCCAUUUGUCAGACUAGCUCAGUCGGUGGAGCUAGGGCCAUGGGUUUGAGCCCCAUAUUGAGCAAAAUAUUCCUGCAUUGCAGGGGUUGGACUAGAUGGCCCUUGUGGUCCCUUCCAGCUCUACAAUUCUAUGGUUCUACAGUUUCUACCAGCAUGGCUUUGCUGGCUGAGGCUGAUGGGAGACGUAGCCCAAAGCAUCUAGGUGGGGGUGGGGAGGCACCAGACUGGAGGUGGCUGGUUUGCUCCUGCCAGGAGUAGCUCUCCAGGGUCCUCAGCAGAGAAGGGCUUUUCCUAGUCCUGCUACCUUUUAACUGUGGAUUCUGAGGAGCCAGGUGAGGAUACCUGGGGGGAAGGCACCAUCCAUCCUCUUAGCAUCUCUGACACUGGGAAGAGGAAGAGGCCAUAUGCAAGAACCACUUUCUGCCUUCCUGAGGAUAUGAUGAAGAAGAUUAGAAGAGAUUGGAUUUGAUAUCCCGCUUUAUCACUACCAGAAGUAGUCUCAAAGCAGCUAACAUUCUCCUUUCCCUUCCUCCCCCACAACAAACACUCUGUGAGGUGAGUGGGGAUUAGAGACUUCAAAGAAGUGUGACUAGCCGAAGGUCACUCAGCAGCUGCAUGUGGUGGAGCGGAAACUCGAACCUGGUUCACCAGAUUACGAGUCUACUGCUCUUAACCACUACACCACACUGGCUCUCAAUAUGAUAGCUGGUUCUUGCUGUAUAGUUUGGUCUGUCCCCCUUCGGCCACCUCUGCAGAGGAGAACAUUCUUCUUUUUGAAUUUAAUGUUUUGCAGGUAAACAACCAACCAAACAGAACAGAGCAACAACGCAACCUAUUCUUAUGUCAUCAAGGGAGUCGAAACCAUAUCUCACCAUUUGUUGUCCUCCAGAGAUAUGUCGCCAGUCCUGGGAAUAGUCUUUCAUUUCUUGUUUUUAACCAAAGUCAGUUCUCCAAAGAUUUAGUGGAGAACUUUCUUAGGGCCUGCUGCAGGAAAGACUGGCCCCCAACCACCCCGCCCCACUGUUUCUUUUGUCCAGCAGAGUGUGGACAUGAAGGGCAGAAUUCCCAGGACCAAGAAGUACACAGUGCUUCAUAUUCUUCUUUGGCUUCCUCAUAUUUCUGAAUAUACAGCAGCAGGAAAUGCCAUCUCACACUCUGCUUUUCAGCCUCCCAUCUCUUGUAACACAUCUCCCCCACUCCCCAUUUCUUUAUUUUUCAGUUUCAAAAAACACAUAUAACAAGCAAUCCCCAUAUAACCCCCAAGAAACAUUCCGUGAAUAUACAAAGUAAAUGCUACAGUCAAACAAUAAGCAGGUUAGUACAAUAGUUCAUGGUUGAUUAUGGCAGUUAAGGGUCUUCUACUCUCUGUUUUAACAGAUUGUUCCAGAGUAAGGCAUGGGUAGAUGGUGGUGGGUGGACAACAUUGUCCUUUCCGCUGUACUGGAUUAAACAUCCACCUUACAGUUCCUCUUGUCUUUGUCUUCCUGAGCACUCUAAGAUGUUUCUCCAUGAAGGCUAUAUCCCAUAGUCUAUACCACCAUGCCUCCAGAGUUAAGUUAGUAACUGUUUUCUAAUAUUGUCUAACUGUAUUUCUAGCUGCAGACAUGAAAAAGAUUAGUAGUAGGUUCUUAAAUAAUUCUUAUGGUCAUCUGUAAACAGAUAGCCUUGGAUCAGGUUGUAUCACCUGUCCUGUAAUAGAAGAAACUUCUUCAAAGACUAAUUUCCAAAACAAUUGGAAAACAGGUAUGCAUUCACACCACAUAUUGCAACACACCUUGACUCCUGGGGAAAGAGCCUUGUUAAUACCCUGGAUUGGAUCUUUAUGUUAUAUUUGUAUGUUGCUUUUUCCCAAAUAUGCUUGAGCUAGUGCAGCAGCUCAUAUCAAUCGUAGCCCCAUCAAAUUUCAUUUUGUCAGAAUAAAAAAAGCAAUACAAUAUAUAUCUGAAAUUCAUAAAAGAAAAUCACAGAAGCAUAUUUCAUAUCAGGGACACAGUGAUAACAGCACUGAAUACCAGGCCAAACUAUCAAUCACCUCUGCCUAAUCCAAUACAAUUUGUAUCACAAGAAGCGAAUAAUAUUAUUGUAAAGGGAUCUCUGCUCUCUCUCAAGUCUUCAGCUCCUAGGAUAUGUUUGGGGGAAGCUUUGGUGUUAAGCUGGUCCGAGUCCAGUUUCAGAGCAAGCUGUAAAUGUAGACAAAGAGCAGCAUGUCCUUCUUCUACUCCCAUGUGUGAAGGAUUUAGUAUACCACACUAACUAACAGCUUGCUGCUUGGUGUCUGUGGGGUGUUCACUUUGGCCUCAUGUUGCCCUCUCUUUUCCCUGCAGAUGCUACAGCCACAGUUCAAGUCCCACAACCUGAAUGAAGUCUUGGGGAAGCUCUUCCAGAUUGUCCCUGGAGAGAACCCAUACAGCUCCCAGAACUCUCAGCCGUGCCGCCGCUGUGCUGUGGUUGGCAACUCGGGCAACUUGCAAGGCUCUGGUUAUGGCAGGGAAAUCAAUGGGCAUGACUUCAUCAUGAGGUGAGUGACUGGGAGGGCCAGAUCCCUCUGUCUCUUGGGCUGUCUUCUCUCCAUCAUUGCUGAGCUGGCUCUUGCAUCAGAGAACAGCAGCCUGGCAAACAUUGGGGACGAAAAAUCAGCAGCAACAGCUGGCGCUGCCUGCCUCUUCCACUCCAGUUUCUCUCCCUGCUGAGGAAGGAGGUUUGACUCCCAGCCUCUCUUGCCUGGCCAAGUUGCCAUCUGACUUCUUGGCGAUUCUCUGUUGGUCACCUUCAGCUACCCCACCAGCUGUCCAAGGAACAGAUACCUGUGCUUGCGUUUAGUUGCUGCUGCCUGAAAGUUUCCAGAAGCUCUGCCGGCAUUUGGGGUCUGUCACUCUGCAGACAUUGCUUUGCAGUUUGAAAUAAUAUGAACUUGUAUCUGAGUUGGCUCAAAACAGGCCUAAAGUGGCUGAAACUGUGUCCCAGAGAAAGGCCUGGAAAGUUGGCAUUUCAACUGGAAGCAAAAAAAAUAAAAUAAACAUUGAUGAACUUGGACAAGCUUGGACCCCAACUUUGUUAGUGUCUUGACUCCUCGUCAUUGUUUCUGGUGGCUGCUCUUGAGUCCCCUGAACUGGGUAGUUUUCCCUUGAAUGCAUGAGGUGGGAUGACCUUCUAUCACUCUGACAGGAUUGCCUGCAGUGCAGAGUCAGUUCAGGUGUUUGGCUGCAGGUCAAUAUGGCAUUUGGAUGGUGUUGUUAAGUGGACACUUGCUUAAUCGUAUUCGUUCCUCCACCUCUUCUCUCCCGCUUUCCCUUCAACUCCCCGCUCCUUUCAUCUCAUGGCUUCCUGCAGUUGUAGCCCUGUAGGUAGGGGGCUCUUGUGUUCUUGUACAGCACCUAGCACAUAUGAGAUGCUUUUGCAAAUAACACAUAAGUGGUGUGGGGAACCAGAGUUCUCAUUCUGAAUCCAGCUGACUGUGGAAGAGCGGUGCCUUAGCAGUGUCUGCCCCACCACAGCACCCCUUUCUGGAUCCUUUUUUGUCACUAUAAGAGCUUCAUCCUUCAUCACCUUGCUGCCAUCUAGUGGCAGAUCUCUCAAAAGGCAGCUUGAGGUGAAGCAUGCUGCAGGUUCCCGGAUGGACAGGGUUGCCAGCUGCCUGCUCUGGAAUCGCAUCCUGGAUGGGACUUGGCUGCCUCCUGUGAAACAAUGCAGCCUCUCCUUUCUCAGUGAAGCAAAACCCAGGGGUCUUGCUUCUUGGUUACUAUAACUGGGCCUAAUGUUGUGAUUUUGCCUAACUUGGCAACUGGUGGGUGAUCCAGGACUGAGCUGAAAAACUUUGCUCCCUCCAGUGUUUGUCGGAGAUGGGUGAGGCUGAGUUCUGUCACUGUUUGCAUUUGAGGAGAGCUAGAGUCAACAGUGUGGUUGUUUUCAUCAGAAUUGCCCCAAACUAUAGGGCUGCAGCUAUUGGGAUGGGUAGGAUAACCGGUAGCUGCAUCUGCUGUUGCAGAAUAUUUGGGCUUCAAGGCGAUGCAAAGGAGCCACCAUUUAUAGUUAUAAAUAGUUAUAAAGGCACUGUGAUUCUACACUGUAUGCUGUUAUCACUGCAAUGUAAAAACUGUGCAAGUACCCCCCACCCUCAAAAGAAUAUUUUUGUGUUCAGAGGCUAGGUUGAGCUGCAACACACACACACACACACACACACACACACCUUUUUGUAAUAAUGAAAUGCUCCAGACCACAACUUCAGCAAAUGAUUCUCCCUGAUCCCCUAUUCUUUCCUUGCAGAAUGAACCAGGCCCCUACAGUGGGCUUUGAGGCAGAUGUUGGGAGUAGGACUACCCAUCACUUCAUGUACCCAGAAAGUGCCAAGAACCUGCCGGCCAACGUUAGCUUUGUUCUCGUGCCCUUCAAAGCCCUGGACCUGCUGUGGAUGGCAAGCGCCUUGUCGACGGGCCAGAUCCGAUUGUAUGUAUCCUGCAUUGCAGGGGGUUAAGCUUGGAAGACCCUUUGGAUACCUUCCAACUCCACAAUUCCAUGAUUUAUCCCACCCAGUGAGGCAAAGAAGGACAGCCCUGGCCAACAGGCACCGUGUCAUUGCCUGGGGAUGAGUAAUUCCCAUUCCUGUGCCUUCAACCCUUUCUGGACCUUUUCCAAAAGAUUGCUGUCUUGGGUAGCAUGCUGGUCCCACCCAUUAUUAUUUUUCAGUGUAUGGCUAAAGGUUUGAAAGCAAAAAGUUGCUUCCAGGGUGUAAGCAGAAUAGACAGUCCACAUUUGAAUGUUGUACACAAAAUGAGGGGUGUAACAUACAUAAAGGUAAACGCCAGAGCUGCUUGGUUCAAUUUCAGGUUGGUCCAGCCCCCAGAUUUUCACGGUGGUGUUCCUUGUGUCUGUUGGCCCCUCCAUGCCCCUCUCUUCCUUUAAGAGUUAAUAGGGAGAAGUGACAGAAAGAGGGAAGGGAGGGCAGAGGGAGCAAUUGAGCAGAACAUCUUUUUAGCAAGAGGGGGGCAAGGAGCAUCUCAUUCUCAUUCUUUCUCCCUUCUGCUUCUUUCAUAGCACUUAUGCGCCCGUGAAGCCUUUCCUUCGGGUGGACAAAGACAAGGUAAGUCUGGCCCUCAUGGAGGAGAGGGAAGGGAUGCUCUGAAAAUAUCCAUGUUGGCUUCAUCUGCAUGGCUAUUUUCUAAAUUCUCAUCUCUCUUAAGAUAACUUGAGAAGCAAGUUUUUUGGUUUUUUUGGGUUGGUUGGUUCUGCUAAAAAUACAAUCAGUUCUUGAAUACUAUAUGCAUUACUAUAAACAUACACACUACAGGUUUCCUAAGGCAAUCAGAUACAUUUUUUAAAAUGGAAGUCGCUCUGCACCACGAAGGGCAACUGAGCAUCAAGCAACAGCAAUGAGUCCAGGAUUGCCCCCAAGCUGCUUAUGCACUCCUUCAGAGAGUGUGUAACCCCAUCAAGAGCAGGCAACUUCCCAGCCACCCGGUCCAGGGAACCACCCACUAGCAGUGCCUCGGUUUUUUCCUCUGGGCUGUGUGGACUGAGACUGAAAUACUCAAUGGCCAUGUGGAGGGGCUUACCACAGAGAAAGCCCUGCCUGUUGUGAUGUUGUCUUCCGUGAUUUGUGUCCUUAGGUUCAAAUCUACAACCCAGCUUUCUUCAAAUACAUCCAUGACCGAUGGACAGAGCACCACGGACGCUACCCUUCCACGGGGAUGCUGGUCCUGUUCUUUGCCUUGCACGUUUGUGAUGAGGUGGGUUCUUAAGUAGCUGAAGAGGCUUCCAGCCUGUAAAGAGAGAUUUCAUGUUGCAGAGAGAGGGCCAGCACCUAGGAAUUUGGCAGGCUCCUCUAGUCGAUUUAACAGGCUGGAUGCAAGAGUGUGUGUGUGUGUGUGUGUGUGUGUGUGUGUGCACACGUGUGCCUGUGUGUGUUUUAGAGGGGAGGCGAGGGAGACAGAAUGUAAAAAGGUGGAUCACAGUUCCCGACCACUCAGCACAGAGAUUCAACACAAGGCAGGACCAUGGACAGGUCUGCUAGUUUUACUUAAUUAUACGGUAGUACAUUAAUUAACACACACACACACACACACACACACACACACACACACACACUUUUGGACAUAAUAGUAAAAUAUGCUGUAAAUUGAGAGAUAGAAGAGAUUAUAACCAAACAACCUGAUGGGGACCAACAAUGCCAGGUGUCUUCUAUGGCUGUGUCCACACUGGGACGUCUGUGUGUAUGUGGGUUGCUCUUUCCAUGUGUGCAUCUGUGCAACUUCAUCCACACAUGGACGCAUUUAAAUUUAUGUGUCCAAAAUCUGUAUUAGUAUUUCCCAUCCACACUAGUUGACAGUGUUGAUGGAUAGUAUUUAUGCUCCAUGUUGCAGUCCUCUCCCACCUAAUGUUCUGUAAACAUGAGGCCCAUUGUGGGCGUGUGCACAGGUAAUCAUAAAGAGUGUGGGGGGGAAUCAGUUUAUUGUUGAAAUACAAGUUUCCUAAUAUGCCAGAUUUGCACAAAAGAGCAGUGAAAAAACGAAUGUGCCCAUUUGGCUCCAAGCUGUGCAAGUGUGUGGAGCCUCUCCCAUGAAAGGCCUACCACUUCCUCUCCUCCCAUUAUUAUUAUUACUACUGUAUUAUUAUUAUUUGAAUUUAUAUACUGCCCUAUACCCGGAGGUCUCAGGGCAUUUCACAGAAUAAAAUCAAGACAUAAAACCACAAAACACACACACAAGAAAACAACCCAAUUGCCCCUCCCCAAAAAACCACACUUUAAAAGGGCAUAGGAUGUAAAUCAGAUUAACCAAAGGCCUGAUUGAAAAGGAACAUCUUUGCCUGGCACUUAAAGGUGUAUAAUGAUACGGUGAAGCCAGCUUUGCAAAGUCUGGUAGUCAUUUACACCUACAGUGCCCCCUGCCACUCCAUUGUCUCUUAGUGGGUAAUCCCACUGAGUUUCACUUCAGUGGAUGUUUCCCUUGCUGACAAGGCCCCUCUCUUUUCUUUCCCUGGCUGUAGGUGAACGUUUUUGGGUUUGGGGCAGACAGCCGUGGCAACUGGCACCAUUACUGGGAAAACAAUCGCUAUGCAGGAGAGUUCCGGAAAACUGGGGUGCAUGAUGCUGAUUUUGAAGCCCAUAUCCUUGAUAUUCUGGAGAAGACAAACAAGAUUGAUGUUUAUCGUGGCAACUGACCCCUCCAGGCUGCUGUGUUCAAGCACUGACUUGGUGACUGGCCUGCAGGGGAUGAUGGGCCAGGUAGUGUGGCCAGCUACCUGUUGGGCCUGGGCAGAGCACUGGGUUUCCCCUGAACCCAUCAAGAUGGACCCUGGGAAACCUUUGCCCCAGGGAGGCCCCAGCGAGCAAAUGAGGUACACUGUUUCUGAAAGCAAUUGCAGCAGAAAGAUACUCUCAAAGGGGAGUGAAGGAAGUGUGUGUGUUUUGUUGGUCCUCUCCCCUCAAAUCAAGAGGAUUUUCAAAUAGAACAAAUCAAGUUUUGAGGAUGUAGCACAGGCUUUCCACCUGGUGGCUAAAAGGAGAUACAUUGCUGCACAUUUUCUUUCUUUGAAGUAGGAAGGGGUGCACAAAAGCAGCCAAUGGAGGAGGAAAUCUACCUGGUGGCUGGCCAGGUUUGGCUGUUCUUUGACCAGUUCUCAGAGGUCUGCCCUUCUGAGUCUGCUGGGAAGCCUGGACACUGACUGGUUGCUAAGAGCGAGGCACUGCAAGGCUGCCUUUGAAGCUGCAACUGGAAGAAGCCUUUACAAUCCAGAGAGACUCCGCUGUUGUUAUUUUUUUAAAAAGCAAAUGAACAAUCAACUUUCCUUUGCUAAAUGGCACUUCUCGCUUCCCACUUUUGUCCAGGGAAGAUCCUUUUUUGUGUGUCUUCAUUUUGUACAAUCAGGUUUAAAAUGCAGAGAGCAGCUGGAUUGUAUUUGUUGUUGUUACAAUCAAGUAAACUCUGGAAGAUUUUGCUUGCGGAAGCCAAGUCUGGGAGGUGCGGCGCCUACGGAAGACUCUGUCGUUCAGCACCCUGACUCUGGCAGGUGAUUAUGGACACAGGCGGUUUUCAGGGAGCCGGUGCCACUUGGGACAGGCACCGCCCCCUUGUGCUAGAAACUAAGGGGAACCCAUGCCAAAGCCACCCGAGUUUCAGACCCGGUGACUUCUACCUUUCUCUACCAUUCAUGUCUGUAAUCAAGUUGGCCGCCAUCUUGGGUUUGGGUGAGCAGGAGGUUCCCUCUCAUGGCAAACCGUUUCUUGUGAUCUCAGAGCAGGGUGCCUGCAUGUGUUUGCCUACUCUACCUCCACCUUUCUGCCCCACCCUUUUACUCAAAUUGUUUCAAUGACGGGGGGGGGGGGAGCCAAGGAGGUGGCCCCCAGUCUGAAAGGACUGGCCAGCUGCCUCCAGAUAGUCCGGACCUUGACUGAAAGAACUGCUUGCUGCCCAAAACUCCACCAAGUCUCCCUGCCAUUGGACUGAUUUGUGUAGCUAAGUCCCUUGCAGCAGAGAGAGGGAGGGAGGGAGAGAGGUGGUUUGGAAGGGUGGAAGAGCACCAGGCUGCAUUGUUGGAGGGUAGCAAGCUAGCUGAGGGCAGAGUAGGAGGAGCUAAUUUCCUUCUUGUUGAGUUUGCUCACUUGCCCUAGAAGCUAGGCUGGUGAAAAGCAAUGUAGCAUGUGGAGAGCUGCCUAGUUUUAGGGUUUGUUUGUUUCCCUUUUCUCAGAAUCAUAUUCAGAUGCAGCAGGGGUUCCUGCUGGUGAGCAGAAAGUCAGGGGGCGGGUGAGCCAUGCUACUCAGGAACAUGUCCUUCAUGAAAGGAAUCUGGUGUUUGCGUCAGCUACCUUUGGGCAAUUGAAGAGGACUGGCUGUCUAGACCUAAUGUUUUCCAUUCCUGAAGGCUUCCAGGAUUUAACCAACACAGGUAUUGCACACAGGUAUUAUUUAAUGUUUUGCUGUUGGGCCGUGGGUGAGUUCUGCUGAAAUGUUUUAUAACCACUGAAAGGAGCAGGCAGACUUGUCCUUUGAAACGAGCCCUGUGGCAUCCUCACUUCGCACUGUCCAUGGGUUUGCACUGGCCUCGCCUUUUAGUUGGGGGCAGGAGGCUUAGGAAGUUGGGCUACAUUACAUUUCUUGACCUUGGAAGGGAGGAGAGCAGGGGCGAAGGCAAAGCUAAAGGACUUCUCUCUUGUUUGGGCAUCAGGCAUUUGUGGGUAUGCAGGCCAAGACCCCAGGCACCAGCCCUCCCUUUUCUCUGCCCUUCAAAACUGCAAUCAUGCCAAACAGUAUUGAAUAAGUAUUUCUUUAAAAAGAAAAAAAGAUGAAUUGUGUAGGAGGGAGCAGCCCUAAAGGGGACCAAUCCUGACUCCUUGUGGCAACAGUGACUUAACUGCACAGCCUAGAAAACCCUGUUUCUUCUCUUUCCUCCUGUACCUCCCCCACCCUGUUUACAUGCCUCUCUAGAGGGUUGUGUGUGUUGAGGGAGUAGAGCACAUUAGAGACCAGAGAGAUGUUCUUUGUUUGAACCGCAAAGUCUUCUGUUAAUGAGCUUCUGCUGCCAUCCGGAUGCUGAGAGGCAGCAGGACUGGCCAGGCUCACUGUGCAGCCUCCCAGCUGCUGUGUAUGGUCAGAGUAAAAGGGAGCGAGUCUGUCUCUAGAAGAGCAUCGACCAGGCAUGUACUUCUAGGGGGGCAGCCAUCCAAGCACCACCCUCUAGGGGGUUGAGACUCCUCCAAGCCAAUACUGCCUCAUGCUGCUGUGGCUGAGAGUCCAAAACCCCUGGAAGGCACAUCUGGUUGGGCAUCUGGAGCCUCCCUCCUGCCAGCUGGCUGAGGGAGCAGGUGGUCCACCUGUUCUUUUUUCUUCUUUCCAAUACUUUCCUAAAAUCUCUGGGCACUUUUUUGGCAGGUGGGGUGGGGGAUAAAUUUUGAGCAUCAAAGAGUGCCUUGACUUGCCCUGCUGGCUCCCUUGGACUCUUUCCACUCCCUGGUGGUUUUGUCUGCUAUGUGCUUGCCUUUUUCCCUCUGUCUCUCCCUUCCUGCUGUUCUGUGUAUGUGUGGAGAGGUUUUGCCUGAGCGAAAGAGCCAGCUUGGAACAAGGCUGGCCCCUGCCUGGCUCUCAGCAGCACCUGCAUGGCUGCUUUCUGCUGGGGGUGAUGGGACAAUUUUUCCAGGCCACUCCACCCCUGGGCCUUCAGAGCAGCAAAUAUUCCUUAUCUCACUCUGUCACUUGGAAAUGGAAAUCUUCCCCACCCCUCCCCUCUGCCUCUUUUGUAAAUGGGUUGCAAUUAUUCCUGCUGAAUGGCUUGAAAGAAUCUCUUCUGCCUCUUCAGCAGCCUGGUCACUUAAUGCCUGCAGGAGACAUAUCUGGUAGGUUGUGAUGGGUGACUAUAUCCAGGUAGAACUUGUACGGCAGAGCAUGAAUUGCGUGGCGAGUUCCCGCCCCCCACCAGGACAAAUAAAGACACGAGACACCAUAAUUUAAGGUUAAUUGGGCGAAUUAGGCCACAACUUUAUUGAAUUCAGGAAUGAGAGGCAUUGGCUUAGGCAUUGGUCCUAUCGACUAUCCGGCUGCAGCCCAUUUGCUGGAGACACAGGGAAGGGUUAACACUAUAUCGGGGGAGUCUCCUGCCGAGGCACGUCGACUAGGAGCUCCCCCGGGUCACCGCUCGGGGGUGUGCCUUUGGCCCACACCUCCAUAGGCUUCGGACAGGGCCACACCCCCUGGAGUCCUUUAACGGACCACCCUUCGCUCACUGGGGGGAGGUGAUGGCGUUCCUCCCCCCCCCACAUCCUCUUAACCCCUUCUUACCAAUGCCUACCGCCCACACAUCCUCUUAACCCCUUCUUACCAAUGCCUACCGCCAAUGCCGAAGAGUUGCUACGAGGUAGGCGAAAAACCAAAAGGCUACAAGUUGCCAAUUGGGAAAAAUUCCUACCAUGCCCCUUGCGGCGACAGACCGAAGUCCAUAGCAAAGUCAAAGACCUACCUAAAGCCUACCUAAAGGGAGGGAGGGUGGGAAAACGUGAGGGCUAGCCGGCGAAAAGAGGGCGAGCCCCCUCUGCGCCGGCCCUAAAUAGGGCAGGCCACGCCCCCCCAGCCAGCCGAUUGGCUGGCUGGGGGGGCAGACCCGGCCAGGAUUCCCCUGUUCUCGCGGGGGCUGAAACCAGCCCCCGCUCACGAGGGGGUGGGCGUGAAGCCCGCAACCCCACCUCCUGGGCAGGCCGGAAGUGGCUAUGUUGUGCAACCUUGGCCAGAUUCUGCCUUACCGCCUGCCUUCUCCUUGGGACCAUCUCUGUUCCAAAGAGAAAAGCUCCUCCCUAGGGAGGGCUCUGCUUCCUACAUUGCCGACAGUGAGCUGCGGACUGGCAGGAACAGAGUUCUGGUUGUGUAAGUGGCCAAAUGAAUGUUCUCAGUUUGCAAAGAUUCUUUAAGAUGCUCUUGCUGGGCAUCUCUGUUGGCUGAACCCAGGUUUCCCCCCCACACACACACACCUUCAGUGAGGUAAUUUCCACUUGACUUUGGUUUUGCCACCUGGUCAAAGAGUCCUGCAUCUCUAAGCCACCCUCCCCUGGCUCCUACAAAUGAGCUGCCAGCUGGACACAUGGCCAGCCCAUCCAUAGGAUAAGGCAAAUGGUUGUUCCUGGUGGAUCAUUUGCAAGGGAGCUUCCCACUGCUGCUGUGACAUGAUUCCUUUCUCCACAGUAGCUGACCUUCAGUCCCCAGCCAGCAAUUUUGCUGAAUAACUGGGGGGGGGGGUUGGAACUUUAGAACUGCAUGGAACAAACCUCUGCCCUUUCAGAGUUGCCAGUGGCUGAGUUGGACGACGUAUGCGGUGGCUGCUGGCAAACCCCAGGACGAUUUCUCAAACCAGCAAAAUGGUCUGAAUAGAGGUUGCAGGUGUGAGAGGUGUGCCCCAUGCGUCUCAAGGGAAGGAAAAGUCUGGAGGAGGUCUGGUGCUUUCCCCAGAGUGAUCAGAAGGACUCCUGCUUAACUCCCCCUUCUGCUUCCUGAGCUCCACAGACUGGGGUAGACUUGGAGGCCUGGACCAUCCGCUCCCACCCAUGGUCCAAGCCCCAAGACUUCCUUUCUCCUCCUCUGAAUGAAAGUUCUGCCUGCCUCCCCAUCCCUUCUGCCUUGGGCUGCCUCUGUAGACAAAUCUCUUAUAAGCAGCUACUUAUAAACUAAGGAAAUUAUGGAUCCAAAGCUGUUUACCCUCCUUUUCUAGCCUACACUUCACUUUAUCAGUAUUACAUGCACUUCUGCUGCCUCCGUUUGUACUUUUUGACUUCACAUGCCACAGUUGGAAGAAACUGGAUUUAUUUUGUGUUCUGUUGUACAAAAUAAAAUCUGUACCUUUUU